AUGCAUUACGACUUCCUUCUUGCAUCCCAAAGUCCCAUCUCCGGUUCCGAGUUGCGGGAAAUUCCUGGGAAUUACCAAAUGCCCGCACGAAUGUGGAGAUACGGUAUUCAUUUGUUCCUAGAUCUUCUUCUAGAAAAUCUCCCGGACUCCUUGGAUUUUCUGAUUGAGUUCACCCAACUUGCGUACUCGAUGAUGACUCUAUGUCUCGAAAGCUUUGAAGUGUUUUGUGAUAUUUGGAUGGAGUGUCUUGGAGACUUAGCACGAUGUCGCAUGGUCAUUGAAGACCGAGACCAAGAUAUUUGGGCUGAAGUCGCGCGAUAUUGGUAUAACCAAAGCGCUAAUUUCAGUCCCGGCGAGGGCCGUAUACAGCACCAUCUUGGAGUUCUCGCUUACCCAGACACUCUUCAAAAGCUCUGUCACUAUACAAGAGCGCUGGUCAGUAUCCGUCCUUUUCUCCAUACACAAAAGAGUAUAGGGUUCGUUUUCAGCCCGUAUCAUGAACAUCGAAUGGAUCUCGGUGGGCAUACAAUGACCACUGCGUUUAUUGCCACCCAUUAUACCUUAUACUACAGACGGCCGGUUGAUGAAUUUUCUGCUUUGGCAACUUGCUUCUUAGAUCUCUUGCGAAAAGAGGCUGUCCAGGACCAAACAGCACUUUAUAUCAUGUCGUGUAAUUUCGCGUCAGUACUUCAAUACGGAGACAUUGAAGCUAUUGUGGCUUUGGAAAUGGCUCAGAAAGACAAUAAGACAGCUACAGAGCCAUGCCUUUCUUCACCCAUCUCAAUGUCAGCCUUGGAUCUAGCAACUCAGAUCAAGGACGCUCGCGGUCUAACGCCCGCUAACUUCCAUGUCCCUCCAAUGGCCCUACAAGGCGCUAUUCUCUCUUUCCACACACUCUCCAUACUAAUCGACUCUUUUAAUGAGUCUAGUGUAUGUGCAAGUGUGCAUAUCUCAUUGUCAUUUAUCUGGUGUCUAGCCCUACGUCCAAACGCCAUACAACGACUAGAGAAACUCAUCCCAUGGACCGAUAUCGCGAGGUUCCUCAACACCCUCAUUAACUCCGACAUAGUCUUCGAAAAAAUUGAAGACAGAGCAUUCCCACGGUACGAGGGCGUGGCUCGUUAUUUACCGGAAGACUUUCUCAUUCGUGGCCAGACCUGGAGCCAACUCUAUUACCCCCACGACUUUUUCCAAGACACAGCUUCGAAGGAGGAGAUUUCAGUGAUUGAAGAUCCUUCCAUCGGUAUCCCUCGAAGGCACAGGUGCCUGUGGUUAGGUGUCCGUAUAGCAACAGCAACCGUUAGUAUCAACCUCCUCCGUUCCUUGUAUCGGAUCAUUGUUUUCACACAUAGGAACGAUGCUAACAGACUUGACAUGUAG